AAAUGACACGUGGCGUUGUUUUGUCGCCUACUUUUCUUCCAUCGGCCACAUUCUCUCUCUAAAUUCCACCGCUCUCUCUCAUAUAGAGACCGCUGGUAGCGUCUAGGCGGAGGAGGUCAUCUCGAUGGACUGUUGGAAAUUUUAAGUUUCAAGGGAAGAAGGAACAGGAAAAGUGGGGUAAAGAUAUGGAUUUUGAAGAAGGAAAAAGCAUUUCUUCUUCAGGUUGCCCUGAAAGGAGACAGAAACAAGCGGCGGCGAGAAAUGAGCGGACAGAGCGUUUGGGGUUGAGUUUUGAGAAGCUGGUGGUUUUUGGUGGUGUGGAGAACAUGAAUCGAAGUGGCGGUGGUGUUGAUUUAGGUGGUGGGGGGCCGAGAAUCAGUGAGUGGAAAGAUAUUCCUGUGGAGCUGCUGCUGAGGAUUUUGUCCCUGGUGGAUGAUCAGACGGUGAUUCUGGCCUCUGGGGUCUGCCAUGGCUGGAGAGAUGCCAUUUCUUGGGGCCUCACGCAUCUCUCCCUCUAUUGGUGCAAGAAGAACAUGAAUAAUCUGGUUGUGUCACUGGCUCCGAAGUUCACUAAACUGCAGGGCCUAAUUCUACGGCAAGACACUCCGCAACUACAGGAUGAUGCUGUCGAAAGAAUUGCUGCUCAUUGUCACGACCUCCAAGAAUUGGAUCUCAGCAAGAGCUUUGCGCUGACCGACCGGUCUUUGUACGCGUUAGCCCGCGGUUGUCCUGAUCUUGUGAAGCUGAACAUCAGCGGCUGCUCUGCUUUCAGCGAUUCUGCCCUCGGAUAUUUGACGGGCUUUUGCCGAAAAUUGAAACACUUGAAUCUAUGCGGAUGUGUCAAAGCCGCAACGGACAGGGCGUUAAUGUCUAUCGGUUACAACUGUCAUCAGCUGCAGUCGUUGAACCUCGGAUGGUGCGACCAUGUCGGAGAUGAAGGCGUAAAGAGCUUGGCCUACGGCUGCCCUGAUUUAAGAGCUCUCGAUUUGUGUGGAUGCGUUCUUAUUACAGAUGAGAGCGUGGUGGCGCUGGCGAACAACUGUCUGCACCUGAGGUCGCUGGGGCUCUACUAUUGCAAGAACAUUACAGACAGGGCAAUGUAUUCACUGGCGCACAGCCGGGUGAAGAGCAAGCACGAGGUGUGGGCGUCGAGGAGGUACGAGGAGGAAGGUUUGAUGAGUCUGAACAUCAGUCAGUGCACUGCGCUGACGCCUCCGGCCGUGCAGGCUGUCUGCGACUCAUUCCCGGCGCUGCAUACGUGCCCCGGCAGACAUUCCCUCAUCAUCAGCGGCUGCCUGCACUUGACGUCCGUGCACUGCGCUUGCAUCGCCGCGCAUCGGCCGGCCGCCGCCGCGGCGAUUCCCCAUCUAGCACACUAAGGUGUGUGCAUAUAUUGUUAUUAUUAUUGUGGUUAGUGUAUGUAUCUAUGGCUGUGAUCGGAGUUUAGACAGAGACAUUUGCGAAUUAUGUGGACUUUUGGACACCAUGAUCUUGAUAUGGAUGUGUUUGUUUGCUUC